AUGGAGUGGGACAAAGGGGUCAUUUUCAUGAAGAAUAAUCGCAAAGAAUCACCACUUUAUUUGGCUGCUGACCGUGGGUUGCACGUUGUGCUUAAGAAGAUGAUGGAAUUUGCAACGGAAGUUGAAAAUUCCCAGAAGAAGGAAGAUCCCAGUCUCUACGUCGGCCCAGAUGGAAGGACAGCUUUGCAUGCUGCCACGGAAGUUGAAAAUUCCCCGAAGAAGAAAGAUCUCAGUCUCUACGAAGGCCCUGGUGGAAGGACACCUUUGCAUGCUGCCAUUGCUAAUAAGCAUAAAUUAUGCGUCAACAUUCUACUGGUCAAAAAGAAGGAGCUCAUUAGUAAAGCAGAUAGAGAUGGAAGAAUUCCUCUUCAUUAUGCAGCAUCAUUUGGCCAUUCUGAAGAAGCUGGUUUGUUACUACAGAACGAAGAUGCUUCUUCGUCUAUUGCUCACCAAAAGGACAAGCAUGGCGUCUAUCCCAUACACAUGGCAGCCAUUGAAGGCCAUGUUGACAUAAUUAAAGCUAUGCUAAAAUAUUGCCCAGGGGCAAUAGAGUCAUUAAACAAAGAAGAUCAGAAUCUUGUUCACUUGGCUGCUAAGUGUGGGAGAGCGGGUUUAGUAAGUUACAUGCUUCAUCAAAAGAAACCUAAUAAGUUCGAUAACCUUAAAAAUGCAAAGGAUAUUGAAGGAAACACACCACUACAUUUGGCCACCAAGAACUCGCAUCCAACGGUUGUGAGCAUUCUCAUAUGGGACUGGAAGGUAGACAUGACUAUCAUGAACAAGGAAGGCCAGACAGCCCUAGACAUUGCAGAGAAGGAGCAAAUGAAUGAGAUCUCAUUGCCAAAGGCUCUUUCCAUAACAGCUUUAAGAAUUAAUAAUGCACCAACUGGUCGACGUUCUCCAAUUAUCGAGCAAAAUACAUCAACAACAGAUAAGGUAGACAUCAGCACGUCAAAAGAUGUUCCAGCAGCUGAAAUAGAAACUAACAAAACCAACAAGUCCAGAGAGAGGUUCAAUACUCUUGCAGUUGUAGCAACGCUGAUCAUGUCCAUCACCCUCUCCGCAGGUUUCUCAGUCCCUGGAGGUUUAAAUGCUGAUGGUCCAUACAUAGGCAUGGCUACAUUGUCAAGGAAACCUGCAUUUAAUGUUUUUGUGAUCUGCAAUACCAUGGCUUUGUAUCUAUCCAUCAUCGUUGUAGUGAACAACAUAUGGGCACAGUGGGGUGACAAUCGCUUAUUGAAUCUUGCUGUUGAUUUAAGCUCACCAUUGUUGGGUAUGGCUCUCAUUUUGAUGGCUAUAGCAUUUGCAGUACGUUUGUACUCUGUGAUACUCAAACUUCAGUCCUGGCUUGCCUUCUUGGUUUUGGUGAUUGGAGCAAUCUUUCUUCUCUAUAUCAUAAUUCUCCUUUUUCUAUUCAAUGUCCGACGUAUGUCCAAGUACCGAGGUCUGCGGCACAUCUGCAAGUUGGGCUUCUAUCUUAUGAUCUUCACAUAUGAUAGAUUCAUGACAUGA